AUGAUUUCUCAAAAGGAUGGCAGGGAGAACGGACUUGAAUAUGAAGAGGAAACUCCUCAGUUGCCGCGGGAUGUUUUUUUCUGUCGAUUCUCUCACUUCUUUUUCACUAACAAGCGUUUUUCGCUUGUUUUCUUUGGUGUAUUAAUCAUUAUGCUGUUGCUCAUAUGGUUUCAGAGACAUGAUGAAGUUGCGAUAUUUUUCCUGAUGUUUUUUGGAUCUCUCACUAUGAUUUUGUUAGGGUGUUUUGCUCUUUUAAUAGCCUACAAAAUAGAAUUUACUAAAGAGAAUGAAUUGUUAUUCCUGAAGCAAGUGGUCAUAAUAAGACCGGGUCUUGAUAGCAGAAAGUGGGAUACCAUUGCUGGUAAUCUGAACCGGGUAUUCUACCAAAAUUCUAGGGAAGCCACCCCAUAUUUCUUUUAUGAUGGAGAGUCGUGCCAAUCAUGUUUCAGAUCGAAAUUUCUUAACCCUUAUUUAAAAAUCGAAAAUCAAGGUGAACGUGGAAGCAGUAACGAACAACACCAGUCAAGUGGCAAUGGUGCCGCUCACGAUUUAAAUGAACCACCUGUGCAGCGAAGCCAAAAACUUGAGCUUGAGCCAUACAUUAAAGAAGCUGUCAAAGCUUAUCAAGAGAGUGUGGAUGACUUCUGGAAUAGUCUCAUGCGUGAUGAAUCAAUAGUUUAA